GUACCAAUAAGAGAGAGAGGAAGAGGAAGAAACACAAGGGAGUGAGAGACACGAGGGCUUAGAGUCAGGGAAAUGGCAACGACGAGGAAAUCAGAAGAAGCAGAGGGUACGAACAUCAUCGUAUGGAACGAAGGGAAGCACAAGUUCGAGACAGAGGACAAGGAGGCGUACGUGCAAUAUGUCCUGAGAGAUAAUGGUAAGGUGAUGGACUUGGUUCACACUUUUGUCCCUUCUUCCAAGAGAGGUCUCGGUUUAGCUUCCCAUCUCUGUGUCGCUGCUUUUCAACACGCCAAAUCCCAUUCCUUGCUCAUCAUCCCCACCUGUUCUUAUAUCUCUGAUACAUUUCUUCCUCGGAACCCAUCCUGGAAUUCUGUUGUGUACACGGGUGGCAAAUCUAAUAUCUGAACUCACCAAGGUCCUAGGAGUGCUUCUUCUAAGCAAACAACUUGUAUGGUAAUAUAUGGUCAUCUAUUCUUAAUUGGCUUUGUUAUUCAAUAAUAGUACUUUACUUGCAACAGUGUUUUCUGCUUGUAUUAACAACCUCCCUCCCAUCUAUUAUAAAACUUUUGAUUAUUGGU